AUGAGCUGUGUGACUGUGAUACCGGAGGCAUGGGUAGCUCCCAACUUUUGUGCUUAUGUGGUACCGGUAGAGAUUGAUCAAGCCCGAAGCAUCCGUUCGGUGGGCACCUCGGAUUUCAUUGCCUUGGAACGAGGAGAGCAGUCUGUGGUGUACUUUUAUGAUUCGGAUGGAGAUGGCCUAGCUGAUAGUCGCCAGGUGCUUGCAGAGGCAAGCUCGCUCAACCAUGGAAUUGCAAUACAGGAAGGAUACCUUUAUGCCUCCAGCUCUACCAAUGUCUACCGUUGGCCGAUCAAUGAGACAGAUUUCCUCCAAGACGUUGGUGAUCAAGAAACUGUCAUUUACAACAUCAAUGCCGAUGGAAUGGGAGGAGCUCCCUUUGGUCACACUACUCGAACCCUGGAAUUUGACGAAGAGGGAAGGCUCUACGUGUCUGUUGGUUCCAAUGGGAAUGUUGACGCAGAUAGCUUUCGCUCCAGGAUUCGCCGAUUUGAUUGGGGCAAUGACACAUCAGUGUUCCCACUAGAUUUUCUGGAAGGAGAAGUCUUUGCAGAUGGCUUGAGAAAUGAAGUUGGAUUGGCAUUUGACAGAUUUGGAGACUUGUGGGGAGUGGAGAACUCGGCAGACCGACUAGUUCGAAAUGAUAUUGGCGGAGAUAUCCAUGAAGACAACCCAGCAGAGGAGCUCAAUCGGUUCAAGGAAGCAGACAAGGGCAAACACUGGGGAUACCCACAGUGUUGGACUGAGUUCUUGGUUCCACCUCCUUAUGGUGAAGGGAUUGGAACAGUUUGGGCUUGGCCAUCGUUUUUGGAAGAUGGAGCCAUUACAGAUGAUGAAUGCCGCAACAACACAGUCCGUCCUGUCAUGUCUCUCCAGGGUCAUUCUGCUCCACUUGGAAUCACCUUUUAUGAAUGGAAAGAUCCUGCAGAUUGCCCUGCCGCUUGCCCUCCUGACGUUGCUUUUCCUAAGAGUAUGAAUGGAUAUGCUUUCAUGGCUUACCACGGAUCGUGGAACCGGGACGUCCCAACUGGAUACAAAGUUGUUUACGUGGAAAUGGAUGAGUAUGGCGACCCUAUUGGGGAAUAUCCAUAUGACUUAUUGAAGCAUGAACCUCCUGAUGCCAGAUGGGAUGACGGUUUCAGGCCGGUUGACGUCAGCUUUGAUGACUGUGGACGACUAUUGAUUUCCAGCGAUGGCUCCAGAGGAGAUGGUUACGCCGGUUCCAAGAUUGUACGAAUGGAGAACACUGCACCGCCCCCGACCGCAACACCAACAAAUUCUGCUAGUCCAAGCAUCAGUCCAAGCCUCAGUCCGUCCGUACAGUUCCCACGCAAGUCGGACCAAGGGGACAACAACAAAAAUCUUGGUUCAAGCUUGAGCGCCUCAGUAUCAGUCAUGCCUCGAUGGUUGAGUACCAUCGUAGGAGUCACGGUCUCGCUGUGGUUGACCUUUGGUGGUUAG